AUGAAACACCACAGAGUUCACACUGGGAAAAAACCUUACAAAUGUAGUGAAUGUGGGAAAUCAUUUAGGCGUAAUUAUGACACGACUCUCAUUCAACACCACAGAGUUCACACUGGAGAAAAACCUUACAAAUGUAGUGAAUGUGGGAAAUCAUUUAGGGGCAAACAUGACCUUUUUACCCACAUGAGAGUUCACACUGGGGAAAAACGUUAUGAAUGCAGUGACUGUGGGAAGUCCUUCAGCAGUAGCUCUAAUCUCCUUCAACACCACAGAGUUCACACUGGAGAAAAACCAUAUAACUGUAGUGAAUGUGGGAAAUCAUUUAGGCGCAAUUAUGAGCUCUGUAUCCACAAGAGAGUUCACACUGGAGAAAAACCAUUCGAGUGUAGUGAAUGUGGAAAAUCUUUUCAUGCAAAUUCUCAACUCACUAAACACAAGAGAGUUCACACUGGAGAAAAACCAUAUAACUGUAGUGAAUGUGGGAAAUCAUUUAGGCGCAAUUAUGAGCUCUGUAUCCACAAGAGAGUUCACACUGGAGAAAAACCGUUUGAGUGUAUUGACUGUGGGAAGUCCUUCAGCAAUAGGUCUAAUCUCAUUCAACACCACAGAGUUCACACUGGAGGAAAACACUACAAAUGUAGUGAAUGUGGGAAAUCUUUUCAUGGAAAUUCUCAACUCACUAAACACAAGAUUGUUCACACUGGAGAAAAACCAUAUGAGUGUAGUGACUGUGGGAAGUCCUUCAACAGUAGCUCGACUCUCAUUCGACACCGCAGAGUUCAUACUGGAGAAAAACCAUAUGAGUGUAUUGACUGUGGGAAGUCCUUCAGUCGUAGGUCUAGUCUCAUUCGACACCACAGAGUUCACACUGGAGAAAAACCUUACAAAUGUAGUGAAUGUGGAAAAUCAUUUGGGAGCAAUCAAAACCUCUUUACCCACAAGAGAGUUCACAAUGGAGAAAAACCACAUGGGUGUAGUGAAUGUGGGAAAUUUUUUCGUCGCAAGAAUUACCUCCUUAUCCACCACAGAGUUCACACUGGAGAAAAACCUUAUAAGUGUAAUGAAUGUGGAAAAUCAUUCAGGCAAAAUUCCAAUCUCAUGCAACACCAGAGAAUGCACACUGGAGAAAAGCCGUAUGAGUGUAGUGACUGUGGGAAGUCCUUCAGCAGCAGCUCUAAUCUCAUUCGACACCACAGAGUUCACACUGGCAAAGGGGCUUAUGAGUGUAUUCAAUGUGGGAAAUCUUUUUGCUAUAAAUCUUUCCUCAUUCAACAUUUGAGAGAGAUGAACUUUGAGGACGUGGCCAUCACCUUCUCUGAGGAGGAGUGGCGGCUCCUUGAUGAGGCUCAGAGACUUCUGUACUGCAAGAUGAUGGUAGAAGCUUUUGCCCUGGUCUCAUCUGAAGUGUCUGGGAGUCAUGAUUGUUGCAAAAAGCUUAAUGGGCCCAAGCUUGUCUAUGUCCACAUGCAUGGCUUCCACUUCUGCACCAUUCCUCCAGCUAAAGGCUCUUUGUGA